UUGUCUUCCCUUAAUACACGAUCUUCGUUUAGCGACGUCUUGACGUGUCGUCGAACAGCAAAGUUUCCGAUUGUGAAAUGUCAGUAAAGUAGUUUGAAAACGGACUCAUGAUAUUAUUGCAUUAGUGUUCGCGCAGAAGUCAUGCUGCGUUUUAGCAGGUCAAAAUGCAGUGGAAAAGAAAUUUCAGCGGCCUCGCCUUUAGUUUCUUUUUCAUUGUGUCGUAUUUCAUGAAUAAGUUUGUCCUGUCUGUAAUGAAAUUCACCUAUCCAACCUUAUUUCAAGGAUGGCAGACAUUUAUUGGGGCGCUCCUGCUCCUGCUCUCUGGCAAGCUGGGAUGGGUAGAAAUGAGCCGCAUCUCCAGAUCUGCUGCCUUCGCCUGGCUUCCAGGCUCCCUCCUGUUUGUAGGAAACAUUUAUGCGGGCUCCAGAGCUCUAUCACGCCUCGAGAUUCCUUUCUUCUUCACUCUGCAAAACUCCUCUCAUGUUGUUAGCUAUGUCAUCUUGAAGGCUGUUCAUAGAGAAAAAAUUGAAUGGCUGAAAUUUAUCAGCAUAUGUCUCGUGCUGCUUUCAGCCAUCAACCUUCCUGCCUAUGAUCCCCAGUUUGAUUUCACCGGUUACAUGUGGGCCAUUGCUCAUCUAGUCUGUGUUGGUGCUUACAGAGUGUUUCAAGUUCACUACAAAUCUAGUAAUUUGAGCGACAUUGAGCAGCAAUGUGUUAACUACCUGUUCAGCGUUCUGCUGCUGGCAAUGGCCGCCCACCCAACAGGUGACCUCACAAGUGCCUUGGAGUUCCCCUCUCUUCAGUCCUACUCCUUCCAUGGCGGCUGCUGUGCCAGUGCCUUGCUGGGUUUUUUGUUGCUUUUGGCCACAGUCAAACUAAAAAGUGGCUUGUCCCUUCAGCACUUUGCAGUGUGGAUUUUUAUGUCCAAGGUCACUGCCAUGUUCCUGUCACCUCUCAUUUUCUAUAUGGACAUGAAUACUCCAUCUAUAAUUUGUAUGGCAGUCAGUCACGUGAGCGAGGCUUUGCUGGUGUAUUUUGAGAGAGAAACACAAUAAUGUCAGCACUUCAGGAUGGACCACAUACCUACCUGCACUUCCUAAACAAAUGUUCUUCUUUGGUGUAUUUUAAUAUUUUUCACUUAAUGUUGCUCUGAUAAACUACAGACCAAAUAACAUUUGUUUACAUAUUGUCUAUUUUGUACUCUUAUUUUAGGGGAGACUAAGGGAUAAAAAGCCACUACUGUUACGAUCCUUAAUGUACACCCAAACCUUUUUUUUUUUUUUUAAAUUAAAUAAAAGAAAAAAAAUCUGCAUUGA